AUGGAGGCAUCAAAGAAGCUUGUUGCAAUGUUUCUCGUAUGCAUCGUUAUGAUUUCUUCAUCUGUACACGUCUCCAUGGCUGAUGGAGAAAGUAACGCAGAAAAAUUUAAAAAAGCAUUUAACGCUGUUGCAACUGAAUACACAGUUUGUUACAAUAUUUGUCAAAAAGUAUGCUCCGAUGCAGGAUUUGGUUACACACAUUGUGAGAUGAAGUGCGAUGAAGAUUGCACAGCUAAAUUGCUCAAAGAGAGACUCCAAAACAUGAAGAAUUAAAGCCUUGGAAAUGGACCAAAGGAUGCAAAUGUAGGGGAAGGAAAGAAAAUAAAAGUAAAAUAGUGGUUUUUAAAAUUUUAUUUCAACUAAUUCAUUAAUUUACCACUGUAUUUGUAAAUUUUAAGAUUCAAUAAAAUUGUUUCUUUCUCUAA